AUGCUUUAUUUUGCCGUCUUCGCUCUUGUUGCAGCCUCUGCUUUUGCUGAGUCUUCAUCUCAGAUCUACUCCUACUCCUUACCUGUGGGGUCAGGAAGUGGCACCCCGUACACUAUCAAUGGGGAAGGAAGGAUCACAGCUGUACGAGUGUGGGAGUCCUCCUACGUCCGAGGCUUCCAGUUCCGCUACGGCUACAUCUGGUCUGCAGUUGUUGGUUACAAGACCGGACAAGUCCAGGAGAUUGAGUUGUACGACGGUGAAGCCAUCAUCCAGAUUUCUGGGACGCAUGCUCACUACAUAUAUUCAGUGGUGUUCACCACUACCAGGGGCCGCACACUGAGUGCAGGCAGUAAUACAGGAAGGCUCUUCAACAUGUAUCCCAGCCACAGCGAGGCCGAGCUCCGCAUCAUCAGCGGCAACAUCCAUGGAGCUAUCACCUCCAUUGCAGCACACUGGGCUGUCGUUGAUACACCUCCUUAUGCAAUUGAAAACUGA